UAAUCAUGCGGUGUUGGAUUGUGAUAGCAGUCUUUAUAGCUGUAAGCUUUGCGGCGCCGCUCGACAGCCCGACUACGCCUGCACCACCUGAAGCUUCCACUGGGCCAGAAAAUUCCAUCCAUAUUUCACAUGAUGAUAAAAUUCCUCUGGUGAACGAUCAACUACUCCCAAAUCAAUCUAUGCAGCAAAUAGAGAAAAAAGAAGUUAAUCCAACAGUUAGUCCAAAUAAUAUUGAUCAACCGAAUAGUACACCUGUACUUGAACAAAAUGAAAAUGAGCCCUUAGUUAAUUCAAAACCUGAUGCCAAUAUACAAGAAAAAGUACCCAUCUCUGUUCAGGAAUCGCAAACAGAUAAAACUCCUCUACCAGCUGAUCACUAUGCACAGGAAACAUCUACAGAUAAAGAUCAAUCCCUAGUUUUGAACAAUUAUAUACCAGAAGCUAAGCCUAAUCCUGAGAGCAGUAACCCACAAAUCCUAAAUCAAGCUCAUCAUGUUUAUGAACAUAUACUCAACGAACGUCCAGACAAACCAAUCCUUCAGCCAAUUGAACAAAAACCAAUAAGUGACGAAGACGAUGAAGAUUCUGACGAGAAACUAGACAUAUUUCAGGCAUUAGGAUUACUGGCUUUAAAUUAUGAACUAGAAUUGCUUGAAGAGAUGGAACAGCUAGAGAGAAAAAUGGCGCACUAUAGCCACGGACAUAAACAACAAGAAAACCAUGGACAUUCACAUAGUUAUGUCCCUAGCAGAGAAGACUUGCUUUGCGAUUGCAAUGCUCUCGGUGCUGAUAUGGUUUUGCCAAAAAAGAAACAUGGAAGAAUACAUUAGUAUUUAAAUAAUUGAAAAUUGCACUGGAAAUUUUUUAUUAUCUUGGUUUAUUUAAUUUUAAGUACAAAGUAUUCACACUGGAAAUAAAGUAGCUUCAUGGUGCAAGAAUUCUGAUAAUUGUUGGAGAAGGAAAUCAUAGUACCUUUUUACCUCAUAUAAAUUUAAUAACAGGUGUUAUUAAGUAUAUUUUAUAAAUGUAAAUCCAGCUCGAUAAAAGCACCUAUAUCUAAUGAAUGGGUUUGCCUUAUCAACAGAUUUAUUUUAAAAUUUUAUUGAUUAAGCACGGUUUUAGAAGAAGUGUAAAAUAACAAUAUCUCGUGUGAUUUCGUCCCGAAUUCCUAUAGAUGAGAUAUUUUCGCUAUCGGCGUCUUCACAAAUAGAAUCUGGCAUCGCGGGCUGUUUGUCAGAAUUCGCCGACGUUUCAUUGCAAAGAGGGAGUUACUUUAGAUUUGGCGAGUCGAAUUUUCGAGUGCAGUAACAAAAAAUAACUUAAACAUUUCGUUUAAAAAAGAUUAGUUCUUAUAUGUGCGGUAUUUAGCUUUUAUUUUAGUAAGCAGCUGCUUACAAAAAUAAAAACUAAAUUAAAUAUUUAAGAAAGACUGUAAGUAUUUGCUCAAAGUUGCUUUCAUCAUCUCAUUUGCUUGAAAAGAGCUCAUAGUUUCCAAACGACUGAACGCAUAUUUUUCAAACAUAGCUAAGGAUUAAAUUGGCUUUCAAACGAAAAAACUAGACUAAAUUCGGUUCAGCGAUUGGGCUGCUACACAGAUACGUUAAACUUAUAACUAGUCUUCUUCUGAAGGCGGAAGUUAAUAAACAAAAUCAUAAUUAUUAAAGUACCUAAAUUCUUUAAAAAGUGAAGACAUAUUAUGCUAGUUAAAUUUCGAAAUAAUCGUCUGCCUCUGCACAGUUAAUCACACACGCAUAAGUUUUAUAGUUUUACCAAAGCCUUGUAGCACUUGAAAUAAUAGUUACGCUUACUUAUCACAGACUAGUGUGGGACUAUCUACAGAGAAAGCACAACCAGGACAAGUAAUCGAGUCCAUUCGGCCAAGAGCACUCAACACCAAUGUCUCCACCUGUGUGAGUCCCGUGAGUGACGUGUUGUGACGCUGCACGGAACGUCUUAUCUUGCAAAUGAUGUGAAUUACCUACGUCGUCAAACCCGAUACCGCAUUGAUCGCGUGUUUUACGAUCUUUACGAUGUUGUAUUUCAACGUUUAUAUUUCUAUUUCAUAAGUAUCAUCAUUGUUCGUAUUUGUAAUAUUAUUGUCAUUUAGUUUUACAAUGCUGCAUGUGC